GCCAAUCUAUAAAGUAAGUCUACUUGUUAUUUAAAGAAGUAGGUUUGUACUAAUUGUCAAAUUCUAUCGUGGGUUUUGUUCUUUUCUUGUAGACAUCUUUUCUCAGGUGGACGAAACGAACACAUCAGAUUUUUCUUUCUUUCUUACAGUAGAGACAUCUAUCUAGCUGUUAACCGUAUAAUUUAUCCUUUCACUUCACAUCUCUGUCUAUCUAUCUAUACAUACAUACAGACACAUAUAUAUACGCUCACACAUACAUACACAUUCAUAUACAUACACACACACUUACAUAUACAUUCAUACAUACCUGCACGUGCAUGUCAGUGCUUCACGUUUCCCUUCCAAGAGAGAAAAACAUAUUCCGGUCCUGUCCACGCCUUUUUUUAAAAUUUAUAUAUAUAUAUAUAUAUAUAUAUAUAUGAGUUAAAGAACUAGACAACAACGAUCAAAAACGUGUCUUUUUUUAUUUUCAACCUCCCUAUAAUCGUUCGUUACAUAUCGCUUAGCUCGCUUCUCGAAGCUAAGUCUGUCUGUUCGACCACCACUCAUGUUCACAUUGCUGACAACAACGACAUCCACAACCACCCUCCUUCAACGCAAUGGCUAUUCUUUGCAAUAACAGAGCCUAACAGAAUCAUCACCAUGAGAGUGUCUGUCAAGUUCAUCAUUUGUGGCUUCCUGAUAUUCUGUGUGAUCUUCUUCAGCUGGUUUCGGUGUCCCAACAUACAAAAUGAUGACAACUUAAUUAUGAAAGGCAUGAAGUUAAAUUCAGACUACAAGGAGUCUCACAUUAACCAGAGGGCCGCUAAAUCACUGGCAUAUGGCAGGAAUUACAACUCUCUACAGUAUGAUGAGGUGGAGUGUCUUAUCAACAAGGAGUAUACAGUGAAGUGUCGCAGAGAAGGCAAAGAAACCUUCAUUCCGUUUAGCUUCAUUGAACGCUAUUUUGAAGUGUAUGGAACUGUGACACAUUCUGAUGGAGGGCUGGAUCGAUUUGAGUGGCAGCACAGUUAUUCUCAAGUUUAUCCACAGAAGAAGAAAUACACCCCUAGUGGUGUCUUUAUGUCAUUUGAACACUACAAUGUUGAAGUUCGGGACCGAGUGAAAUGCAUCAGUGGUAUGGAAGGUGUUCCUGUGUCAACUCAAUGGGGACCUCAAGGCCACCAUUAUCCAAUUCAGAUUGCCCAGUUUGGCUUAAGCCAUUACAGUAAAUUCCUGAACGAAGACAAACCAGAUGUUAUCAUCCUAGAAGAUGGCAGCGAUGAAAACCUGCAGAAUUGGUAUCUACCAAAUUCUCGCACCCACAUAAAAAUGGUUGAUGACCCUGAAGUUGGGAAAGUGAUUGAAUUUGAUGCUCCUGAAUCUCAAAAUACCCCAGGGAUAUCCAUGGAUGUGGAAGAAGAUUCCUUCCUUGUUUCCUUUGAUUUUUUCUUUGUUAGCAAUGGCUCAAUAACAGUUUCUCUCAAAGUUCACAAGGACCGCAUCUUUCACAUUCAUUACGUAUUCAGCAACACCUUGAUAACAAUAGAUAAAACAAACAUCUACUAUGGUCUUGGAGACAUUCCAAUGUCAUGGCGCCACAUCACUCGAGACAUAGCCAUAGACUUCCAGAAAGGAAUGGGAUUACAGUACUCUAAAGUAAAGAAGGGCAAGUUACGUAAUAUAAUCGUUCACCUGUCUGCAAUUACUUUACACGGACAAGGUCAGAUGGACAACAUUACUGUUUCUUCAGCUGCACAUCUUGACCAGUUUUACGAUGCUGCCAACUGGCUUGUCAAGCACCAGGACGAUCGAGGUGGUUGGCCUAUUAUGGUGGCUCGGAAAUUAAGCAUGCUUGAACUCGACCCUGGUUGGUAUUCUGCUAUGGCUCAAGGGCAAGCCAUGUCUCUCCUUGUCAGAGCCUAUAUAAGAACGAAAAACCCAGUCUAUUUGAAUGCCGCAGUCAAUGGUUUGAAACUGUAUCAGGUGAGCAGUGCAGAAGGAGGUAUUGUGGCCAGGUAUGCAGGAGUGUACACAUGGUAUGAAGAAUACCCAACACAACCAAGUAGUUUUGUUCUGAAUGGAUUCAUAUACUCUCUGCUUGGUCUCUAUGAUGUGAAAGAGAUUGCCACUGGAGCAGGAAAGCAUCUGGCUCAAAUGCUCUUUGAUACUGGCAUGCAUUCAUUGAAGCACAUGUUACUUCUAUUUGACAAUGGGUCUGGAACAUUCUAUGACCUUAGACAUUUAACCCUUGGCAUAACUCCCAACCGAGCCCGUUGGGAUUACCACACGACACAUAUCAAUCAAAUCCUCUUGUUAUCUACGAUAGAUGAUAAUCCUUUAUUUAAAAACACUGCAGAACGGUGGAUAACAUAUAUGAAAGGCAAACGAGCACCUCACAAUUAAGUAAAGGAAAUGUUAUUACAUUUAAAAUAUUUUUUUAAAUAUUCUUUAAUAAUAAUUUAUCUUCCUCAUAGUUUUAUUUUUACCAUUUAGAUUUCUACCAAUUCCCCUUUCCUUAGCAGUUUUUCUGUUUUUUUAAUCUUUCAUUUUAAGAUUACUAACUCAUCAAAUACAUUUUUGAAAGUAAUUUUCUUUUAACUCUUUAGUGUUAAUUAGUGGUGUUAAAUAAGGUGAUAUCUGAUGACAGAAAUUCCUGUAUGGUUUGGUUGAUGUUUUCUAGCUACCAAAGGCUACUUGUCAACAAGGCCAAACAAUGAUCACUUUGUGACAUCAAGAUUUAAAUUUAAAAAAAAAUUUUUCAAAGCUAAAGGGUUAAAUGAAAAGGAUUUUUCAAUAUUUACUUUUGAAGUCCUUUAGAUCAAUUAAAAUGUAAGUUAUUUUCACUAUCUAAUUACAUUUCAAGCUAAAUUUAAUUGCCUCUUCUAG